AAGGCCCGCAACAGCCCAACAAUACCGCAAAUGACUCCAGGUUCCCCUGCUCGCUCGGCCUUGGCUUCUUUUACUCCCGUCGCGCCGCCACAACGGAGACGAAGACUCUGCGGCCGUGACCUCGCCUUCUUCUCCCGCAGUCCGCUCUUUCCUCUGCACCUCCUCCCACGCCCGCAAUCCGCUCUUCCCUCUGCAGAUCCUGCCCUCACCCGUGAAGGCCUCGUGCUUGAGGUGGAGAUAUCAGCAAGUCAACGGUCAAUGGGAGGAGCUCCGCACCAAGCAGGAUCCGCUGCGAGCUUGUGUCUGACAUCUGCUUCCAUCCCCCCCUCUAUCCCUCCUUUUACUUUUGCGGCCAUGGGCAUAGCUAGCUGCGGGGGAAUUGAAGGGCAACGAUCCGGUGAAUUUUAGACUUGAACUUUCGUUGGAUUUUUUUUCCAGAUUGGAGAUUAACUUAUAAUUCUGAUUUGAUUAUGUUGCAAAGAUCCAAACAGUCAUUAUUUGGAUGAAUAUUGACAAUCUACACUAGUAUAAUAAAUACACAUGAUUCCGAUUUAUUUUUUGCGUUGUUCUUGUCUUUGUAGAGAUGCAUCAUCAGUAUUAUCGAGCCGGCUCACGAGCUAAACAAACCGGCUCGAGCCAGUAAACGAGCCGAGCCGCGCUGGAUCUUUAGCUCGCUGAAAUAAUGAGCCGAGCCGAGCCAGCUCGUUAUCUUAACGAGCCAGCUCGAGCCGAGCCGAGCCAAGCCGAGCCGCUCGAUAUCCACCCUUAGGGCCUAAUUUGAUAUUUCUAUAGAUUUUAUUUUAUCCCACAUUAUCCUCUCGUGAUACUUCGUCGAGCUGGCCCAAUGGCGUGCGAGAUUGGUAGGGCGCCCAUUGCUCUCCCGCUCCCGCUCCCGCUCCCGCUCCCGCUGGUCACUUGGGGGAGGAAAAAAAAGCGAGCACUUGGGGGCGCGCACAGGCGAAUGAAUUCCAGCCACACGCGCCCGGCCAUGGCCUUCCCCACCUCCGUGGUCACCCACACGGUCACACUCGCCGCCCUCCCCACCCCUAUCGCCACAUCCCGCCAGCAUCACCCCAUCACCUCUCCCGCCGGCCGCAGCGCACCACUACUCCUAUAGGAACCUCCCAGCCCAGGGCUGUCUCCUCACUCUCCCCCUCCGGGCACUCCCCGACCGAAUCCCCCGCCAUCCUCCGGGCACACUGCCGCCGCCACUACUGUUAGCUUGCAGCUCAAGCUCGGCACUCGCAUUUGGGUCGGUUCUCGAGGAAAUCGAGCGCCGCCAUUGGGAGAAGCUGCUGCUGCGGUCCUGAGCAGGAGGAGCAAUGGCGCUGUCGACGUUCUCUGUUCCGCGGGGAUUCCUCGGCGUGCCGGCUCAGGACUCCCAUUUCGCUCCGGCGGCCGAGCUCCAUGCGCACAAGCAACUUCAGGCCAGGCCUGCUGUCAAGGGCCAGGGUCGGCGGAGGUCGGCGUGCGUGUCGGCGUCGCUGUCGGAGCGCGAGCGCGAGGCGGAGUACUACUCGCAGCGGCCGCCGACGCCGCUGCUGGACACCAUCAACUACCCGGUCCACAUGAAGAACCUGUCGGUGAAGGAGCUCCGGCAGCUCGCCGACGAGCUCCGCUCCGACGUCAUCUUCCACGUCUCCAAGACCGGCGGCCACCUCGGGUCCAGCCUCGGCGUUGUGGAGCUCACCGUCGCGCUGCACUACGUCUUCAACGCGCCGCAGGACCGCAUCCUCUGGGACGUCGGCCACCAGUCGUACCCGCACAAGAUCCUGACGGGGCGGCGCGACAAGAUGCCGACGAUGCGGCAGACCGGCGGGCUGGCGGGGUUCACGAAGCGCGCCGAGAGCGAGUACGACUGCUUCGGCACGGGGCACAGCUCCACCACCAUCUCGGCGGCGCUGGGCAUGGCGGUGGGGCGGGACCUCAAGGGCGGCAAGAACAACGUGGUGGCGGUGAUCGGCGACGGCGCCAUGACGGCGGGGCAGGCGUACGAGGCCAUGAACAACGCCGGCUACCUCGACUCCGACAUGGUCGUCAUCCUCAACGACAACAAGCAGGUCUCCCUGCCGACGGCGACGCUCGACGGGCCCGUGCCGCCCGUCGGCGCGCUCAGCAGCGCGCUCAGCAAGCUGCAGUCCAGCCGCCCGCUCAGGGAGCUCCGGGAGGUGGCCAAGGGCGUGACGAAGCAGAUCGGCGGGUCGGUGCACGAGCUGGCGGCGAAGGUGGACGAGUACGCCCGCGGCAUGAUCAGCGGCCCCGGCUCCACGCUCUUCGAGGAGCUCGGCCUCUACUACAUCGGCCCCGUCGACGGCCACAACAUCGACGACCUCAUCUCCAUCCUCAACGACGUCAAGAGCACCAACACCACCGGCCCCGUCCUCGUCCACGUCGUCACCGAGAAGGGCCGCGGCUACCCCUACGCCGAGCGCGCCGCCGACAAGUACCACGGCGUCGCCAAGUUCGACCCGGCGACGGGGAAGCAGUUCAAGUCGCCGGCCAAGACGCUGUCCUACACCAACUACUUCGCCGAGGCGCUCAUCGCCGAGGCCGAGCAGGACAGCAGGAUCGUCGCCAUCCACGCCGCCAUGGGCGGCGGCACGGGGCUCAACUACUUCCUCCGCCGCUUCCCCACCCGCUGCUUCGACGUCGGGAUCGCCGAGCAGCACGCCGUCACGUUCGCGGCCGGCCUCGCCUGCGAGGGGCUCAAGCCCUUCUGCGCCAUCUACUCGUCCUUCCUGCAGCGCGGCUACGACCAGGUGGUGCACGACGUCGACCUCCAGAAGCUCCCGGUGAGGUUCGCCAUGGACAGGGCCGGGCUGGUCGGCGCGGACGGGCCGACCCACUGCGGCGCGUUCGACGUCACGUACAUGGCGUGCCUGCCCAACAUGGUCGUCAUGGCCCCGUCCGACGAGGCCGAGCUCUGCCACAUGGUCGCCACCGCCGCGGCCAUCGACGACCGCCCGUCCUGCUUCCGGUACCCGAGAGGCAACGGCAUCGGCGUCCCGUUGCCGCCCAACUACAAAGGCACCCCCCUCGAGGUCGGUAAGGGCAGGAUCCUGCUGGAGGGCGACCGGGUGGCGCUGCUGGGGUACGGGUCGGCGGUGCAGUACUGCCUGGCGGCGGCGGCCCUGGUGGAGCGCCAUGGCCUCAAGGUCACCGUCGCCGACGCCAGGUUCUGCAAGCCGCUGGACCACGCCCUGAUCAGGAGCCUCGCCAAGUCCCACGAGGUGCUCAUCACCGUGGAGGAAGGCUCCAUCGGAGGGUUCGGCUCGCACGUCGCCCAGUUCAUGGCCCUGGACGGCCUUCUGGACGGCAAACUCAAGUGGCGGCCUCUGGUGCUUCCGGACAGGUACAUCGACCACGGGCCGCCGGCCGAUCAGCUGGCCGAGGCCGGGCUGACGCCGUCGCACAUCGCCGCGACGGUGUUCAACGUCCUGGGGCAGAACAGGGAGGCCCUGGCCAUCAUGGCAGUGCCGAACGCGUAGGAUUCGCGGCGAUCCCGGCCUAUAGAGAUGUGCUUUGUACAUUUGGUUGUUAGAUGUCAGCAGGGAGAUUAGUCUGCUUUGGAUGAAAAUGCCGCGGGGAACGAGUCAACGAUGACAGUUUUUUGCUGCUUAUUCUGAUGAUAUAUUGAAGUACAGAAAUGUUCUUGCGGCAA